AUAGACCAACCACUUGCAUCACGACACGUCAUCUUGUUGCCCACUUUCACGGAGGGUAUACGUGUGGUCGCUGUAGACAUUCUUUUCUUCCGUGAUAGGGCGCUGCAGUCAUCUGUACGAAAUUGAUUUUGAUUAAUGAUUAUGCGUGAACUUAUGAAAAUGAACCACUCGGCGGCGAGGGCAGUGCUCCGGCGCGUGGUCGCCGGUGGAUACUCGCCGUCAUCGGAGGGGGUGCGAGUGUGGACGCACAGCAAUGCGUCGGCGGUUGGAGGUGUCCGAGCUCAGGGGAUAGGUAUGGUGUUGAUCGGAUGGCGGCGGAUGAUGAGCGCGUCGGUGGAGCCGAAGGCGGUGGUAGAUAAGAAUCAGAAAAGCAACGACGUGGCAACGGAGUCGAAGGCGGUGGUAGAUAAGGAUCGGAAAAGCAGCGACGUGGCGACGGAGCAGGUGAACAUAACCGGUGCUGUGGUCUCGAGCUAUUGGGGCAUUUCUAGACCUAAAAUUACAAGAGAAGAUGGCACCGAGUGGCCUUGGAACUGUUUUAUGCCUUGGGAGAGCUAUCAAUCCAAUGUAUCAAUCGAUCUUUCGAAGCACCAUGUUCCCAAGACAUUUAUCGACAAAGUAGCAUAUCGAACAGUAAAGCUUCUCAGAAUUCCAACAGAUAUAUUUUUCCAGAGGCGGUACGGAUGCCGUGCAAUGAUGCUUGAAACCGUCGCUGCAGUUCCGGGCAUGGUGGGAGGGAUGCUGCUGCACCUGAGGUCCCUGCGUAAGUUCCAGCAGAGCGGAGGUUGGAUCAAAGCGCUGCUCGAAGAAGCAGAGAACGAGAGGAUGCACUUGAUGACGAUGGUGGAGCUGGUGCAGCCCAAAUGGUACGAGCGACUGUUGGUGCUCGCCGUCCAGGGAGUCUUCUUCAACGCCUUCUUCAUCCUUUACUUGAUGUCGCCAAAAAUGGCGCACAGAGUCGUCGGAUAUCUGGAAGAAGAAGCAAUACAUUCCUAUACAGAGUACUUGAAAGACAUUGAAAGCGGCGCCAUUAACAACGUCCCUGCUCCUGCCAUCGCAAUUGACUACUGGAGACUUCCUAAAGACGCGAGGCUGAAAGAUGUCAUUACGGUGAUUCGCGCCGAUGAAGCUCACCAUCGUGAUGUCAACCAUUUUGCUUCGGAUAUUCAUUUUCAGGGGAAGGAGCUGAGGGAGGCACCCGCACCCAUAGGGUAUCAUUGAGGAAGACGAUCUCUCUGACUACAAUGCUAUCUAUCUCUAUGUGGUACGUACUUCACUAUCUUCUUCAUGCUUUAUUUAAUAUGUGUAUGUAUAUAUAUGUGAUGUUUGUGACACCAGUGGUGGUAAAAUAAGUGGUGAAGUGUGUAAUUUAUGAAAUGAGGCUAUAUCUAUAUAUAUAUAUAUAUUAUUGAAUUUGGAAGUGCAUGCAUGUUCUCUGCUUAGACAAGAUUUGAAAAAUAGUAAAAGUUAAAAUAUUUGAU